GGUACAAAACAGCUGGUUACCGACGGAACUGUAGGAAUAGAAGAAUGUUGCGUAUUGUUAGUAAUGUUAUUCGAGGCAUUACUUCACAUGCCAAUGUUGUCAAUGCAACCAGAUCCUUAAUACCUAAACAAUUUCCUAUCACACAAUGUAUUCAACAGAAAUUCUUUGGUGUAUUCUCUCCUACAAUUAACAGUUUCAAUAGUGUUGUUAAUAUGAAGCAAAAACCAAUAUUUGGUCAAUCACGCAUUAAUAGUGUUACACCAACAAUCUUAGUACCUACAAUAACUCCUGUAAGAACAGUUAUAAAAUACUCUUUGAGGAAAGGUAAAAGGAAAACUGUGAAAGCUGUGUUCAAUAGAUUUUAUAGAUUAAAUUGGGGAAUAUGGAUUAGAACUCGAGCUGGACGUCAUAGUAUGCUAUGGAAAAAAUCUUUGAAGAAAAGACGUGAACUGAGACAACAUGUUUUUUGCAAUGCAUCCCAGUCCACUUUAUUGGACAAAAUGGUAACAAUGUAUUGGAAAAGACCGCACUAUUAUGUAGAUGAUCCUUAUAAUCCAUACCAUACACGUGAAGAGUUCUCUAUAACAAGAAGAAAACCAAAAGAAUACUAA